GUUUAGCUGGUUAUAUUAAGCAUUUUUGUACUGAACAUAAACUGAAAUAAUGACGCUGUCGUCAGCGCGUUCUUUCUUAUCAGAGGCUUGCUAUGGAGAGCAAGAACUGGACGCGAAUUCUGCUCUCAUGGAGCUGGACAAAGGACUGCGGUCGGGGAAACUCGGAGAGCAGUGCGAGGCUGUGGUGUUGUUCCCAAAACUCUUCCAAAAGUAUCCUUUCCCCAUCCUCAUCAAUUCUGCUUUUCUAAAACUAGCAGACAUCUUCAGACUUGGUAACAACUUCCUGCGUCUGUGUGUGCUGAAAGUCACACAACAGAGUGAGAAGCAUUUGGAGAAAAUUCUCAAUGUGGACGAGUUUGUGAAAAGGGUGUUUUCAGUCAUCCACAGCAACGACCCAGUGGCCAGAGCCAUUACUUUAAGGAUGCUCGGUAGUUUGGCCUCAAUCAUCCCAGAGAGGAAAAAUGCCCACCACAGUAUUCGGCAAAGUCUGGAUUCCCAUGACAAUGUGGAAGUGGAAGCUGCCAUCUUUGCUGCUGCAAGCUUUUCUGCACAGUCAAAAGACUUUGCAGCUGGAAUUUGCAACAAAGUCAGUGAAAUGAUUCAAGGUCUAGACACUCCCGUGGACCUGAAGCUCAAGUUGAUCCCCAUGCUGCAACACAUGCAUCACGAUGCUAAUCUGGCCUCCAGCAGCAGGGAACUCCUGCAGCACUUGGUCAGCUCCUACCCUUCCACCCCUAUGGUCAUCGUCUCAUUGCACACCUUCACCCAGCUGGCUGCUUCCUCCCUCAUUGAUAUUCCUAAGCAGUUGCAGCUUCUGCUUCAGUACCUCAAAGAUGAUCCAAGGAAAGCUGUGAAGAGGCUUACAAUAAAUGAUUUAAAGCUUCUGGCUAAAAAGGCCCCUCACCUGUGGAUCAGAGAAAACACACAGACACUGUGUGAGUGUGCUUUGGCGAGUCCCUACAAUAGUUUGAAGUUGGGCAUGUUGGCGGUCCUCUCUACCUUAUCUGGAACAAUAGCAAUCAAGCAGUAUUUUAGUUAUCCAGCAGGCAGCUCCACGGUCUCCCCCCGGCUUACUGACCUGGUUAAACUUGCUCAAGAAUGCUGUUACCAUAGCAACCUGGCAGUGGCGGCUCAAGGGGUCAUCGUGCUUUCCAACAUUGUCAUUUCCUGUCCAGAAAAAGAUAUAAUUCAGUUGGAGCAGGAUACAGUUUUGGGAGUUGAGUCCCUUCUGAUGCUGUGCAGUCAGGAUGGCAGCGCCGGUGCACAAACCACACUCAAAACUGGCCUCACUUCACUUGUCAAGUUGCUCAAAAGUCGUCCUCAUCUCAGCCAGGCAGCUGUGGACUUCCUGCUGGGCCAGCUCCACUUAUCCUGCGACUCGUCCCGCAUUCUCAUUUGCCACGCUCUGGCGGCCAUCGCCACUCACCUGCCCGUGCUGGGGGAUGGCAUGCUGGGGGAUCUGGUGGAUCUCUACAGGGUUGCCAGUCACUCCUCCACUGGAGAACAGCAAGAGCUUCUGGUUUCCUUGGCAACGGUGAUUUUUGUUGCAAGCCAGUCAUCUCUGUCAGCUGAGGUGAAAACCGUCAUCAAACAGCAGCUGGAGAGCGUUGCUAACGGGUGGACGGUGUAUCGCAUCGCACGCCAGGCUUCACGGAUGGGGUGCCACGAGUUUUCCAGCGAGUUGUACCAGUGUCUGCGGACACGUGUGGCGUCGGAACACUUCUACUUCUGGCUGAACAGCCUGAAGGAGUUUUCCCAGGCGGAGCAGUGCCUCAGUCACGUGGAGGACGGAGACUACAGCGGAGCCAUGAGCGCCAUCGCUGAAGCGCUCCGCUCCUACCAAAAGGGCAUUGCCUCCCUCACAGCUGCCAGUACCCCUCUGAGCCCCCUGACGUUCCAGUGUGAGUUCAUUAAGCUGCGCAUCGACACUCUGCAAGCCCUGUCGCAGCUCAUUUGUACAUGCAACAGCCUAAAAACCAGCCCCCCUCCCGCCAUCGCCACCACCAUCGCGCUCACCUCUGGCAACGAGCUGCAGCGGUGUGGACGCAUCUCUCUGCAGAUGAAAGUAUGUAUGGAAGAGUUCAGAAGUCUCGCUGCUCGCUACUCUGAUUUACACCAGUCAUCUUUUGACGCCGAUUACGCCACCCUUCGCAACGUGGAGUUACAACAGCAGAGCUGUCUGCUCGUCUCACAUGUGAUUGAAGCUUUGAUCAUCGACCCACAGGUCGCCAGUUUCCAGGAGUACGGCACCCCGGGCUCCGUUCAGACGGAGAGUGAGUACGAGCGCAGAAUGAUCGCGGUGUUUAAUCACGUCCUGGAAGAAGUGGAAGGCCUCACCAAGAAGCACCCUCCUGUUUCACACCUGCACACCAGCUGCCUCUGUGACACCGUCAUAGCUUUGCUCAAAGUGCCGCUCUCUUUCCAGAGAUAUUUCUUUCAAAAGCUCCAGUCAACCAGCAUUAAGCUGGCGCUCUCUCCAUCACCGCGCACGCCGAGCGAACCCAUCCCCGUGCAGAGCAAUCAGCAACUCACGCUCAAGGUGGAAGGAGUGGUACAACACGGCUCGACUCCGGGUCUCUUCAGGAAAAUCCAGUCCGUCUGUCUCAACGUCACAUCAGUUCUCCAGAGCAAGACAGGACCUGAAUACAAAAUCCCGCUGGAUGCCAAAACAAAUGAGAUCGAACAGCGUGUGGAACCUCACAAUGACUACUUCAGCACCCAGUUCCUGCUGAACUUCUCCAUCCUCGGCACCCACUCAGUCACCGUGGAGGCAUCUGUGGUGGAUGAGAGUGGCAUUCAGUGGAAGACUGGGCCCAAGACGACGGUAUCUGUCAAGUCUCUGGAGGAUCCUUAUUCCCAGCAGCUUCGCCACCAGCUGCAGCAGGGCGGAGCGCAACCGGCAGCACAAAGGAGUUCAUACAUUCGCUUCUAGUGAUUUCUUUUUUUUUUUUGUACUUCGUACCGUGAUCUUGUAUAGUUUUCUGCAUCACCGAUUUUAAGCAUGUACAUAUUUCUUCUAAUAAAAUAUCAUAAAUU